AUGUCUUCCGCAAUAACAACAUACCGCUCCCUCCCAAUUCUCUUAAGCUACAUCACCAUCUGCGCAACCCUCUCCCUCCACACCUGUCGAACCAUCCACGCCCGCUACAAAACCCGCCAACCCCGCAAUGACUGGUCCUCCUCCAACACCACCACCAACCCGCGCCGCAAUUUCAUGGUAUUCGCCUCCCUAGCGGCCCUCAGCCUCGCCGCGACAUGGUACUACAUGUUUGCGUUCUUUGCGCACUCGUAUCGCGCCUGGGCGGGGAGUCAACACUCUCAAACUCAGCAGCUGUUGCAUGCUGCUGGUGGUAGUGGAGCACUGUCAAUACCAACAAUCUUCAAAUUGGAGAUGUGGUUACGGGACGCAAAACUCUUUCGCGAGGCGUGGGAGACGGUGAUCGAGUCGCCAGCGCGGUUUUGGUGGAGUGGGCAGAUCUUCCUUUGGGCUACGGGCUGGAGUCUAUUUUUGGGGGUUAUGGCUCGGAGACACCGCAUCCCCCAUGUCUGGAUGUAUAUGGUCGUCGGGCAGAUCGUGGCCAUCUCUUUCGCGCAGAACUUGUUUUUCGCUACGAUUCUGGUCUCUAGGAGGGGAUUGUCUAGCCAUGGCAAUGGCACUCAACGUGGUAAUGAUGAUAACUAUGACAACGACAAGGACGAUCACCAUGUAUGCGACUGGACGCCACCUCUCCUCCUGGAACUGAUCCCCAUCGCGACAUCACUGCUCAGCACCGUCCUGGUGCCAUCCACGGCACAUACCAAGCAUUUUAUGCUAAUCCUGCUCAUUCCCCAUCUUCUACUUUUCGUUCCUGCCAUGCUCCGUCCCCGUCGCAGUCGCUCGUCUGGGGGUUCUGAGGGUAGUACUGCCCGCUUGCAUGGCAGCGGUAGCGACAGCGUCGAUGUCGAUACUGCGACGAAGCGCUACGUUGUCUUCUUCCGCUGGAUCUUUGCAUCCAGUGUACUGGUGCAGGCUGUUUCUACUGUGGGGGUGGUGAGGGAUGUGGUGGGGACCGGGACGAGGGCUGUUGAUGGUGUUGCUUCGUGUGAGGCUGUUGUGCGGGCUUUGUUCCGUGCUGUAUAUGAGCAUCCUGCUGUUAGCAGUGUAAGCUGGGAUGUUAUAUUUUGUACUGUUGGUGCUGGGACGUGGUGUUUGGUGCAUGGUGGAGAUUUGUAUAAAAUGCUGGGUGGAAGGCAGAGUGUGAAGGCUAAGGGUGAGAAGGACGAGUGA